AUGGCCUCUUUCCCAGAGCUGAUUGAAAACUUCCAGAAAGAGCUCAUUUGCUCCACCUGCAGGGAUUACUUGGAAAACCCAGUGUCCAUUGAGUGUGGUCACAGUGUUUGCCAUAGCUGCCUCCUCAGGAGCUGGCAGCAAGCCUCUCCCUCUUUCUCCUGCCCAGAGUGCAGGAGUGUCUCCCAGGUUAGGGCUUUCAAAGUCAAUGUGCAUCUUGGGAAACUGAUAGCCAUUGCCAAAAGACUAAGACCUCAUUGUUUGCAAUACCCUGGAAGCCAUAGCAAGUGUGAGACACACCAGAAAGUGCAGAAACUGUUCUGUGAAGAUGACCAGAGCCCAAUCUGUAUGUCCUGUUCUGAGUCCAACAAGCAUAAGGCUCAUACACUCUGUUGCAUAGAUGAGGCUGCUGAGGACAUCAGGGAGAAGCUCCAAGAAACUGUGACUCAUUUGUGGAGGAAAACUGAGAAUGCUGUUAAACAGAGGGCUAAUGAGAAUAUUAAAUUUGCUCAGGUUAUGAAAGUAGUGUUAACCAAGAAUGAUUCUGUACUGCAGAGGGAAAUAGAAAUCCUUCCUAUAAACAUGACCAUGUAUCCCAUCCCUAGAAUCAUAGAAAGGAUUUUCAAUUUCAAAGUGAACAGCACUUUGGAUUCUAACACAGCUGCUCUUAGUUUCAUCAUAUCUGAAGAUUUGAAGAGUGUGAGAUAUGGAGGUGUCCAGGAAGAAGUGCCCAAUAAUAGUGGGAGAUUUAUAGAUUUUGCCAAAGUUCUUCCUACUCAGUCCUUCAUUUCAAUGAGAUGUUACUGGGAAGCAGAAAUGCCAAAUAAUACUGACUGGGGUGUUGGCAUCUGUAAAAAAACAAAAGAUUCUCAAGAUUUCUUUAUGCUUGUGACUGUACAGAAGCAGAAUUUGUACUAUCUUUAUACCAUAGCCCAGCACAAUUUUGAUUCCCAAGUCCAUAAAAAAUACCACCAAAUCAGUGUGCCCAGUUUGAAGGUUGGCAUUUUCCUUGACUAUGAACGUGGAGAGAUAUCAUUUUAUCAUAUUAAACAAAGAUAUCUAAUUUAUCCUUCCCCCAGUACUUCCUUCUCUGGACUGCUCACACCCUUCUUCUGUCUUUCAAGAAAGUCCUGA